AUUAUUUUAAAUAAUGUGAUUAUUGCUGAUGGGUGAAGAAGUUAAUUUAAGAAUUAUUAGGAAUACUCAACGGAGUCUGAGUAUUAUAAAUAAAAACAACCUCUUUAAAUAUGGGUAUACGAAAACGACAACGGGAUGGCUUAACACGCAACAAAGAACGUGCUUCCAUGAGUUUUUUUAUUGUUAUUAUGUUUUUUGCUGUUUUUGUGGUGAUUGUGGUCACUGAAGUAUUGUUAAUGGAUGAACGAGGGAAUCGUGGUGCUGGAGUGCUUGUACGCCGUGGUUCAAUCAUUGGAGUGUCACAUCGACGUGCUCCGGAUAAACCAGAUUAUGAAGAUUUCUUAAAAACCGAGGAUGAUUAUUUAACAUAUCGCGGUGGAAAUGGAAUCAUAAAUGACCAAUUAACAAAUAAUAAAAUCAAAGAACAUGAUAAACAUGAAGCAUUAAAGCGUGCAAUGUUAGAUAAUGUUCGAAAUAUGCCACACAUUGGUAUGGGUCAAAUACCCAAUGCACGUGAUAUACACCAUUCACCUAAAACUCAACCGUUAAUGGUAGAAAUUGAGAAUCAAUUUCCACAAAUUAACCCAAAUUUUACUGCUAAAGAUGGUACAUGGCAAGUGGUUAAUGGUACCAGAGCAAAAUUUUUUGUAUUCUCUGCAUUUUAUGAUCGACGUCGAACACAAAAAUCAAUUCGAAUAAUUGGUGCAACACGAACACGACCACCAGAACGUGUUUGGUGUCGAUUUUGGUAUGAUACCAAUUCAAAACCUACACAAUCAUCAGAUAAUAAUAGUAAUUCUACAUCAAAACCACAAACCCCUUCGUCGUUGACAAUUUUAGCUAAAAUUAAGAUAAUUCGUGAGAACUGGAAUUUAAAAUAUAGUGCAUGUUUUGUGCUAUGCCCAAUAACAAAAUUCAUCACAGAAAUACCAACGAGUGUUAGUAUCGUUAGUAAAUUACGUUAUCAUCCUGGCAAUCAUUUAAUUGUUAAAAAUACUGAUAAGGAGGUUAAUGUUACAAAUAUACCUAAAGGUUUGGGCAUUUGUGUCAAACCUAUACAUUUUAAUUAUAAUCAGGCAUUAAAAAUGUUAGAAUUUUUGGAAUUAAAUUCAUUGUUAGGUGUAACGCAUUUUACAUUUUAUAAUCACACCGUUGGUCCAGAAGUGGGCUGCUUAUUAAAAGAGUACCAACGUGCUGCCAAUAUUAAUAAUUCAUCAAUUGGCAUUACAAUUUUACCAUGGCAAUUGGAUAUGGUCUCACAAAUCGAAAUACGUACAGAAGGUUUAUUUUCAGCGUUAAACGAUUGUUUAUAUCGGAACAUGUAUCGAUAUUCACAUUUGGCACUUAUCGAUUUAGAUGAAUAUAUUAUGCCCAAAUUUAAUGAUACUCUUAUGGAAUUAAUUGAAUGGAUGAGCACACGUAUGAAUACACAAAACACAGGAUCAUAUUCAUUUCAAAAUAUAUUUUUUUAUUUGCAAUGGGAGGAUGAUGUAUCGAUAUUUACAACUAAAGAUAAGGUUGAAGCAUCAAUGAUAACAUUGAAAAAAACCAGACGACGUACUAAAUUACAUCCACAUAAACAACGGAGUAAAUAUAUAUGUCGGCCAGAGCUAGUCAUUGAAGCUGGAAAUCAUUUUGUAUGGGAGUUUGUUCCAGGCCAGGGAACUUUAAAUAUGCCAGCAUAUACAGCCUCCUUACAUCAUUACCGUGUAUGUGAAUUUGGUGGAGAUGAUUGUGUGAAAACGUCUUCGGUUAUCGAUCAUACAACAUAUCGUUAUAAAACACGAUUAGUUGAUCGUGUCACCAAACAAUAUUGGAAAUUAAAAGAUCAAUGCCAUUUAAGUAAUUUACCUGAUAUACCAAAGAAACCAGACAAACCAAAAAAACCAGUUCUUGUUAAACCUAUGAUUUUUCGUAAAACGAUACAAAAGCGUAGCUAACAAUAGCUUUCCUUACAAAAAUACACUAUUUUCCAAUCAACAUUAUAAGAUAUCCUAGAAUUUGGUUAGCAAGAAUUUAUUUUCUUAACUGUUAUACGUAAGGAAUUCGAUAAGUAUGUACCUGUUUAGAACGAAUGCGUCCCUUAAUUAUCCCAUAUUUAUCCAAGGUUUCUAUAUUAUUAACCGAUCGCAAGUAUGUCAGUUCUCGAAAGGGUGAGGCAAUAUAUAAAAUAUUUCCUAUGGGUAGGCUUAACUAUUAGGCAACUCUCAGUGAUCCCAAGAUGAGGCAACCGGCUUUGUGGUGACCGCUUUUGUGGAACGGCAGAAGAAAUAUUUUUUGCAUUGCGAACGCUUAGUGGAACACACCCUUAAAACGAGAAAAUUGUUAAUUAUAGCAUUAUCCCGAAAUAUACUUCGCUCGCAAAAUGUCAUUGAACAUGUACCUAUCUACUUUGUGCUUUCCUUAAUAGAGGUUGAAGUAAGCUUCACUUGCUACAUCCUUUUCAAAUAAGUUUAUCGGCUCUGAAGAGAAGGAUAUAUUAAAUCAGUAUUAACUUCUAUUAUACUAUUUAAUAGAAUACGUCAGUAUUAACAUUACAUAGCUCAAUCCUUCUGUGAUUUUAGGGCAAGAUAAGAUGUAACAGUUAAAGAAAUAAUAUCUAUAACUAAAUAAGAGGAUAUAAUGGCUGCGUUCAGCCGAUCUGAAUGCUCACAGUUCAUCUAGACACAGCCAAUAUACACACAAAUGUGGCACAAAAAUCCAACACAAUUCUAAAAUAUUAAAUAUAAUUCCCGAAUCUCUAUCCCUUUUUCCUACCCCAGACUUCCCUGUUUAAUAAGUAAUAAGAAUUUUGAGCAUAUAGUACAUAAAUAAUAAUGAUAAUGAAUAGACAACAAAUAAAGAUGGCUUCUAUUUUUUUAUUUGCGCAAUAUUUUUUUUUAAACUCAUGUGAAAAACGGAUCUAAAGAUUAGGAAAAAUUGUUUAUUUUUUUUUAUGUUGCAAUCCGAUGACAGAUAUAUUAAAUAACAAGUUUUAUACGUUUAUUUAACAUGUUUUUGACAAAUAGUUGAAACAUAACGUAAUAAAGCACAUUUUCGUCAUCGAUCUAUCCUAUCACCUUAAUUUUAUUUGCGAAC